AUGGGGCUCCUGUCGGCCCCCCACUGCCGCCGGGCGCUCUCCCGUCUCGUCCUGCGCCUCAACACCCCGCUCUGUACCCUGAGCUACGCGGCGGGGCUGGGCUGGUUCCUGGCCUUGGCCUUCCAGCCCCUCGCCCCCCGCACCUACAUGUCGGAGAACGCCAUGGGCUCCACCAUGGUGGAGGAGCAGUUCCUCUUCGGCGAGAGGGCCCUCUCCUACGCCCGGGAGUUUGCCGGGCACAAGAAGAAAGCGGGGGGCAUGCCGGUGGCCUGGCUGGAGAAGACCAUGUGGAACCUGGGGCUGGAGGUGCACAGGCAGCCCUUCUCCCGCACGCUGCCCUUCCCCGACGAGACCCGCGAGCGAUACCUGCAGCGCUCGGACUGGGACUCGCUGCCCGCCUACGCCCACAGCUUGCAGACGCUGCUGCUGAUGGUGCUGGCCCAGGCGUCGGGGCGGCCCCGCGGCGACCACGGCCUCUUCCUCCGCUACCGCAUCGAGGCCAUCACUCUCCGUGGCAUCAACAGCUUCCGACAGUACAAGUACGACAUGACCACCGUGGGCAAGACGCUGGAGGGGAUGUUUCGGAAGCUCAACAACCUGCUGGAGCGGCUGCACCAGUCCUACUUCUUCUACCUGCUGCCCUCCCUGUCCCGCUUCGUCUCCAUCGGCGUCUACAUGCCGGCCUUCGGCUUCCUCAUCCUCGUCCUCGCCAUCGGCAUGGCCCCCCCCAUCUACAACGAGAUCCUGGAAUUCGAGGACGGUACCCCGGCCACCAUGUCGCAGAUCGCCAAGGACAUCUGCACCUUCCUGCGGUGGGCAGCAGAGCCGGAGCACGACCACCGCAAACGGAUGGGCUUGAAGAUGCUGAUGAUCUCGGGGCUGCUGGCUUCCCUCCUGUACUACAUGAAGCGCCACAAAUGGUCUGUGCUGAAGAGCAGGAAAAUGGUCUACCGGCCCCCCAAGUAG